UUCUAGACUUGCACCACAGUUUGUUGCGAUGGAAGUUGUAGUCAUUUCCAAAGAUAGUGUCAAACCAUCUUCUCCAACACCACCCCACUUGAAAACAUUCGAGCUUUCUCUGUUAGAUCAGCUUGUUAUUAGCCCUUAUGUACCAAUCAUCUUCUACUACCCUAACCACCAUGGCCACACUAUUCUCCAAGCGCAAGAACAGUCAUUAGCUCUGAAGAGAUCUCUAUCUGAAACCCUGACACAGUUUUACCCACUUGCUGGAACAGUCAAGGAUGAUCUUUCCAUUGAUUGCAAUGAUGUUGGUGCUUAUUAUGCCUUAGCCUCGGUCCGUCUUCGGCUCGACGAGUUUCUGAGCCAUCCCGAUCUCAGUUUGACCGACAGGUUGUUGCCGUUUCGACCUAGCUUCGAGGCGUCUGGUAUAGGUGGUCGUGUGACAAGUGUGCAGGUGAACAUCUUCGAAUGUGGUGGGAUUGCUGUCGGCCUUUGUAUUUCACACAAGAUUGUUGAUGCGGCUUCACUCUACACCUUUCUAAAAGCAUGGACCAACAUGGCUCGUGGAUCUAAAGAAGUGGUGUAUCCAAACUUAAUCGGUGCACGUUCCCUCUUCCCUGCAAAAGACUUGUGGCUUAAAAAAGCAUCAAUGGCGGUGUGUGGGUCGUGGCUAAAGGAAGGGCUGUGUGUCACGAAAAGAUUCGUAUUUGAUGCUGAUGCCAUAUCCACACUAAAAGCACAAGCAACUAGAAAUGGAGUGCAGAACCCUACACGUGUUGAGGUGGUGUCUGCUUUGUUAUGGAAGUCUGCAAUGGCAGCUUCCAAAGAAAACUGUGGCUUCCAGAAGCCUUCUCUCUUAACCCACACGGUGAACCUCCGUAGAAAACUCUCAUCAACCUUAUCAAAGGACUUAAUGGGUAACUUGCUUUGGUUCACAGGUGCAGAUUGCCAAGCCAACGAUGAGACUACCCUUGACGGUUUGGUGAAAAAGGUGCGCGAUUGUGUCGCAAAGAUUGACGUCGAGUUUGCGAACAAAGCACAAGGUGAAAAUGGGUAUAUCGCGAUGGUGGAGUCUAUGAAGGAUAUGGGAGAAGUUAGCUCCAAAGGGACCAUGGAUGUCUACAACUUUACAAGCUGGUGCAGGAUGGGGUUCUAUGACAUAGAUUUUGGUUGGGGAAAACCGUGUUGGCUGACUGGUGUUGUAGGCGAUGGCUGUCCAGUGUUCCUGAAUCUUAUCACUCUAACAGACACAAAAUGUGGGGAAGGAAUAGAAGCAUGGGUGAAUAUGGAUGAAGAAGAGAUGAAGAUUCUAGAAAGCAAUUCAGAGCUGUUGGCAUUUGCUUCAUUAGAUCCAAGUCCUCUACCAAAAGAUGAAGUUGUUGCAGUGAACAAGCCACAUGCCAUGAAUAUUGAAAUAGAUCCCAUCAAGUAAAACACACAGCUCUAUGGCAAAUGGAUUAAGCCGUCUGUUUAAUUAUAUCAUCCUUUACGUAUGCAUUUUUCAAAGUGUGCAUGUAUCAGCUUUAUUGUAAUAAGACUCUGAAUUUUAAGUUAACGUGAAUUUUCUUAC